CCAGCAUUGGUUGAUAUAUAAAUCUCACGCAUUCCCAAAGAAAGCCCAUUUCUUUGCGCUGCGUCUAAACAUUCCCACUAUUUGACCUCUGUAUUUCUCUUCAUCUCUGCAAACCAGAAGAACUUUGACUUCGAUAACAAAUCCAACUCAAAUUUGAACCGAAUUCUCUGAAUAUAUCGAGGUAUUGGUUGAGACUGAAUCUGAAUUGAAAAGGGUGAUAUAAAGAUUUCAAGAUCAGAUCCAGAGGGGAAAAGGGUCAUUAUGUCUUUUACUGGAACACAGCAGAAAUGCAAGGCUUGUGGGAAGACAGUUUACCCAGUGGAGCUUUUGUCUGCUGAUGGUAUUGAUUAUCACAAAUCUUGCUUCAAAUGUAGCCAUUGCAAAGGUACCCUUAAGCUGAGUAAUUACUCGUCAAUGGAAGGCGUGCUCUACUGCAAGCCUCACUUCGAGCAGCUCUUCAAGGAGAGUGGAAAUUUCAACAAAAACUUCCAAUCACCUGCAAAGGCAGCAGAGAAGUCAUCUCCAAUGCUGACAAAGUCACCUAGCAAAGCUGCUGGCAUGUUCUCCGGGACCCAAGAGAAAUGCGCGACUUGUGGCAAAACGGCUUAUCCUCUGGAGAAGGUAACAGUGGAGAACCAAGCAUACCACAAAUCAUGUUUCAAGUGCUCCCAUGGAGGCUGCUCUUUAUCUCCAUCAAACUAUGCAGCAUUGGAGGGAAUUUUGUACUGCAAGCAUCAUUUCUCACAGCUAUUCAAGGAGAAGGGAAGCUACAAUCAUCUCAUCAAGUCUGCAUCCAUCAAACGCUCUGCAGCAGCAGCAACAGCCGCAGCAGCACCAACCACCGCCUCUAUUCCAGAAGUUUGAAAACACUUGUUAUCAUCUUAUGAACAAAGUUUUUGGUUUGUUUUGCUUGUGUUUGUUUUUAUUGGUUAUGGUUGAAGAUUAUUCCCAUGCCAGGGAACUGAUUAAAACUUUGAACCUAUCGGCUUUCUUUUGUUUGAUUGAUUCUUUGCUGAGUGUCCAUGCCCAUUUUUAUCAGAACAUAUUUUCACUGUUCUUU